AUGAAGAAGCAAUUCAACCGCAUGCGCCAGCUCGCCAACCAGACCGUGGGCAGAGCCGAGAAGACCGAGGUGCUGAGUGAGGAUCUGCUGCAGGUGGAGAAGCGGCUGGAGCUGGUGAAGCAGGUGUCCCACAGCACCCACAAGAAGCUGGCAGCCUGUCUGCAGGGCCAGCAGGGCCUGGACGCCGACAAGCGCUCGAAGAAGCUGCCGCUGACGAUGCUGGCGCAGUGCCUGAUGGAGGGAUCGGCCGUGCUGGGGGACGACUCCCUGCUGGGGAAGAUGCUGCGGCUCUGCGGGGAGGCCGAGGACAAGCUGGCACAGGAGCUGAUCCACUUCGAGCUGCAGGUGGAGCGGGACGUCAUUGAACCACUCUUUGUGCUGGCUGAGGUGGAAAUCCCAAAUAUCCAGAAGCAGAGGAAGCACUUGGCCAAGCUGGUGCUGGACAUGGACUCCUCCAGGACCAGGUGGCAGCAGUCGGUGAAGUCCUCGGGUCUGGCCAGCAACCUGCAGCCCUCGGGGGCCAAAGCCGACGCUCUGAGGGAGGAGAUGGAGGAGGCGGCCAACAGAGUGGAGAUCUGCAGGGACCAGCUCUCGGCUGACAUGUACAAUUUCGUGGCCAAAGAAGUUGACUAUGCAAACUAUUUUCAAACUCUGAUCGAGGUGCAGGCCGAGUACCACCGCAAAUCCCUGGCGCUCCUGCAGAACUUCCUGCCACAGAUCAAAGCCCAGCAGGAGGCGUGGAUGGAGAAGCCCUCCUUUGGGAAGCCCCUGGAAGAGCACCUGGCUGUCAGCGGGAGGGAGAUCGCCUUCCCUGUGGAGGCCUGCGUGACCAUGCUGCUGGAAUGUGGCAUGCAGGAGGAGGGCCUCUUCCGAGUGGCUCCCUCGGCCUCCAAGCUGAAGAAGCUGAAGGCUGCCCUGGACUGCUGCGUGGUGGACGUGCAGGAAUACUCAGCUGACCCCCAUGCCAUCGCAGGAGCCCUCAAGUCCUACCUGCGGGAGCUGCCCGAGCCCCUGAUGACGUUCGAGCUGUACGAGGAGUGGAUCCAGGCCUCCAACAUCCCGGAGCAGGAGAAACGGCUGCAGGCUCUCUGGAACGCCUGUGAGAAGCUGCCCAAAGCCAACUACAACAACAUCAGGUACGUGAUUAAAUUCCUGGCCAAGCUGACCGAGUACCAGGACAUGAACAAAAUGACCCCAAGCAACGUGGCCAUCGUGCUGGGACCCAACCUGCUGUGGCCACAGGCUGAGGGGAACAUGACGGAGAUGAUGACGACGCUGUCGCUGCAGAUCGUGGGCAUCAUCGAGCCGCUCAUCCAGCAUGCAGACUGGUUCUUCCCGGGAGACAUCGAGUUCAACGUGACGGGGAACUACGGCAGCCCCCUGCACGUGAACCACAACGCCAACUACAGCUCCAUGCCCUCGCCCGACAUGGAGCACGGCGAGCGCCGGCAGCACGAGCAGGCGCGGCGCCCGCUCAGCGUGGCCACCGACAACAUGAUGCUGGAGUUCUGCAAGAAGGACGGCAUGGGCGUCAGGGUGAUGGACACCUCGUGGGUGGCUCGCCGGGGCACCUCAGUGGGGCGCAAGGCGACCUCGGCGCCCCCGGCUGCGCAGCCCCCGGCGCCGCCCGCCGAGCUCCCUCCCACGCCCCACUCGCCCAUUCCCGAGCAAUCGCCGGAGAUUUCAGCAACGCCCUCCCCGCCGCCCACCAGCUUCGGCUUCCCCCCGGCAGCCGAGCGGACAAGGUCUGCUCCGUUUUGAGGUCCCCUCCCUCCACGUGUCCCCAGAUGCCGCCCUGUGCCGGGACCCGCCCGAGGCAGCUCAGAGACUCUCGGGGCCGAGCCUGACCCCGCGGCAGGAGGAGGAGGAGGAGGAAUCGGAGAGCACAGCCCUAUGACAGUGUCCCUGUCCCCAAGCUCAUCCGUGCGGCACCCAGGGACCAGCACCGGCCACCGGCACCAAGGGCCACGGGGCCACUUUUGGGCGGCGAAGCGCCCGGUUUGGGGGCGGCCACUGUUCUUUAGUUCAUUUUUGUUCGCCUUAUCCAGACUUUGCCUUGGAACCGGGUGCCUGCCCCCCCACCCCGCAGCACCCAUGACCCUGGAGUGAUGCCACCACGUCCUCCGUGCUCCGAGGCGGGUGCCACCAGGUGCUGGCCAGGUGACAAGGAGCUCGCCUGCGCUUUGCAGUGGCAUUUCCUUUCUUUGGCUUCUUCCCCCUCCGCUUGUUUGGGAGCAGGAUGGGACCUGACCAGCAAUAACCUGGGGAUGCAGGAUGUGCCCCCCCGGCUCUCUGGGUGCUGGCGGGGGAGGCGCAGGUCCCUCGGCACCCGCUGUCCCCGGGGGUUGGUGGCUUUGGUCGUGCAUGCACAGACAAAUUACCCUUUAUCCUUUCCAGAGAGAGAAGAUGUGUGUGUAUAUAUAUAUAUAUAUAUAUCGGCAGAGAUAUAUAUAUAUUCUAUAUUUGUAUAGAGAGAGAGAAACUAUAGAGAGAUUUGUUUUAUGUGGAGCCAUUCCCGCCCGGCCGGGUGAGAGGGAGGAUGGAAACGGCAGCGCUUUGCCCCCGCCCCGCUCGCGCCGUGCCCCCCGCCCCAGGUGGGCACCGGGGGCACCAGCACCCCAAAGCAAUCAAUAAAUCAAAUAAAUCCAUGUGCCACUCGCUGAGAACUGCCUGGCGGCGCUGGCCUUUCCUUCCUGCCCCCGUCUUGGGGGGAGGAUUGGGAGGUGGAGAUCGUUUGGGUGAAAAAAUGGUGGUUUGGUGUUUUAUAGGGAACGUUAUGGGUCUGGUGCCAUGGGAUGGGGCAGGGUCCACCUCCCCCAGAAACAUGGCAGGAUCCAGCCAGGACUGACCCCUGAUCCCAGGCUGAUCCCCACUGCAGGACCAGGACCACCCCCAGGGACUCGGAGCCCUUUUCCCCGGGGAAGGACACUGGGUUUGUUUCACGUGUCUUUAAUAGAAACCGCCGGCGGUGGGGCAGAGCCUCGUACAAAAGCUGGCUGCAGGAAUCGGGGAUUGCAUAGACCGAGGUGUGGGGGACCCCCCACCCUCAAAUAGUCGCCUUUUAGAAAACAAAAAGCGUCUCUGAAUAAAACUCUCCUGGUACAAUAAAUACUCUGGUGCUGCAGAGCUGGGGACCAUGCACCCGCCUGCCCUGUUUGGGAUGGCCCCGCUGGGAGACCCUGGGGUUCAGAGCCGCCACUUUGGGAUGAGCCCAGGCCUGAACCCCCCAGCCAGGGAUGGUCCUGGUUUGGAAUGCUUCUGGAUCGGGAUCUUGGGUGCCCUGGGUCAGGCAGGAGCCCCCAUGUCAGGAUUCCAUUUGGGAGCCUCUGGGUCAGGAUAGCCUGGUUUGGUUUUCCCGCGGCUCAGAAGUCCCUGAGUGGGAGCUCCCAGGUCGGGACACUCCCAGCCAGGAUGCUCCUGGUUUGGGAUCCCUGGUUCAGGCACCCUUGUGGGGAGACACCCCCCGUUGGGGAGCUCCCCGAUCCGUUCAGGACUAGCUGUACAGCUGCUGGGGAGUGGUGCCCCCAUCCGUGGCUCAGAAGCUGGACUCGGGCACGGCCGUGGGGCGCAGGGGCCCGGCGGGCUGCCGGCCCCGCUGCAGGGAGGUCCCGGGACGACCCCGGGGGGCC